AUGGCGGAUGAGCACUCGAAACAACAGCUCCUUAACCGGCGAACCAUAUUGAUGGGAUCUCUGGAGAGAGCGGAGCAGUUCGUCCAGAAUUACGUGGCAGAACGGGAUCGAGGCCAAGUUCAAUUACGUAUCGAACAUCUGGACACCGUGUGGAUCGGACUGGAGAAUGUUCAAUCCCAGCUCGAAGACCUAGAAGUCACCGACGAAGGUAUGACGCAUAACCUGCAAUUCCGUUCCCAAUACGAAACUCUACUCUUUCAAAUAAAAGCCAACUUGCAAUCCUAUAUUCCCGCUUUACCUUCUUCAACAAAUGUGAUCCCUCAACCUGCAUGCUCUGGGCUCUCUGGGAUUAAACUGCCAACAAUAACCCUACCUGAGUUCGACGGUGACUACAAUCAGUGGUUAGCCUUUCACGACACUUUCAUUGCUCUGAUUCACUCUAACCCGGAAGUUCAUGAUAUCCAAAAAUUCCACUACCUUCGCGCUGCGGUUAAGGGAGAGGCAGCACAGCUGAUCGAAUCUAUCGGCAUUAGUUCCGCCAACUAUACCAUCGCUUGGCAAACCUUAGUCUCGCGCUACGCAAACGAAUAUUUGCUUAAAAAGCGUCAUCUGCAAGCCCUUCUGGAUUGCCCACGGAUGAAAAAAGAAACCGCCGCUGCAUUGCAUUCCGUCGUUGACGAAUUUGAACGUCACACCAAAACCCUCCGACAGCUUGGAGAACCGAUCGAUGCUUGGAGCACAAUGCUAGCACACCUACUUUGUUUGCCCCUUGACGACGGUACGUUGAAAGCCUGGGAAGAUUUCGCUACCACUGCAGAAAACCCCGACUACAAUUGUCUAAUUGAAUUCCUGCAACGUCGCAUCCGUGUCUUGGAAUCGAUGUCUGUGAACCAACAAUCCCAACCAGCACUGAGCCAACAACCACCCUUGUUUCGCAAACCAUCGUUCUACAAAACCGUCUCCCAUACUGCAGCUGAAUCGUCCCAACGAAAAUGUUACUCCUGCGAUCAACAUCAUCCGCUUUUUCAAUGCCCCAGAUUCGAUAAAAUGUCUAUCUCUGAUCGCUUAAAUCUCGUGAACAACCAAUACCUUUGCCACAAUUGUUUCCGCCGUGAUCACAUUGCCAGAAAUUGCCAAUCAAAAUUCUCCUGUCGUCAUUGCAAAAAACGACAUCAUUCGUUACUACACCCUGGUUAUCACCCAACCGAUGCUGAUCAGCAACCAUCCACAUCCCGCACUGCUGCAUAUACAGUGAAAUCCAACGAGAGGCGGGACACCGCAGCGACCAGCCAUCGAUCAACCACGAAUGCGUCCACCGUUCAGAUAAGCAACCCAUCCCAAUCAUCAAAUGCAAGCAUUCUGCUGUCCACAGUCGUUUUGAUGAUUAUCGACGCCAACGGAAAAGCGCACCCCGCACGAGCAUUGUUGGACAAUGGUUCACAAUCGAACAUCAUCAGCGAAAGACUUUGUCAACUCCUCCGACUGGAGCGCAACAAGAUAAAUAUUCCUGUGUUCGGUGUAGGUGAGGCGUUUUCAAAUAUUAAACACUCAGUUUGGACUACCAUUCGAUCGAGAAAGUGCAAUUUUGAAAUCGGUCUUGACUUUCUCGUCAUGCCCCGCAUCACGAUUGAUUUACCCGUUGUAUCCACUUUUACUGAUAACUGGUGUGCAUCAUCUAAUCUGUUCUUGGCAGACCCAACCUUCAACAAGACCGGUGCAAUUGAUAUUCUACUCGGAGCAGAACAUUUUUUCACUUUCGUGAACUCUGGAACACGUAUCGAACAAGCGCCAAAUUUGAUCCUCAUCGAUAGUGUUUUCGGUUGGAUCGUCACUGGUAGAAACCAUUCACCGCUGAAAUCACACCCCGUAGCAUGUCACUUAACGCUUUCCGACCCGCUUCAUAAGGCCCUCGAACGUUUCUGGCACAUGGAGGAAAUUGAGAGUCGGCUCAACUAUUCUGUGGAGGAGCAACAGUGCGAGUCUCAUUAUGUUUCCCACCAUUCACGCACUCCGGAGGGAAGGUACAUUGUUUGCCUACCACGUCAUUCCAAUUUCGAUCAAAUGCUGGGUGAAUCGAAAUCAACAGCACUUCGUCGCUUCCUCUGUCUUGAAAAACGCCUUUGCAAAGAACCAAUGUUGAAGGAGCAUUACUACUCAUUCAUGUCUGAAUAUUUGUCGCUUGGACAUAUGAGGUUCCCCCAGACUCACUACUUACCACAUCAUGCCGUUCUGAAAGAGGCCAGUACAACCACGAAAGUCCGAGUGGUGUUUGAUGGAUCAGCCAAAACAUCGACUGGCCAUUCCUUAAACGACGCGCUACAAGUAGGUCCAAUCGUGCAGGACGAAUUGUUAACGCUAAUACUUCGUUUUCGCAAAUACCCAAUAGCACUCGUUGCAGAUAUUGCAAAAAUGUAUCGCCAAGUGAUGCUCCAUCCAAAAGAUACACCGCUGCAACGUAUUCUAUGGCGCUUCAAUCCCAAUGAACCCGUUUCCACUUUUGAGUUACAAACUGUAACGUACGGCUUGGCCCCAUCAUCCUACCUUGCCACCCGCACUCUUCAGCAACUUGCCACGGACGAAGGAGAUUGCUAUCCGCUCGGGGGUCCAGCGCUACGGAAGGGGUUUUAUGUAGACGACUAUAUAGGGGGAGCAGACACGACAGAAGAGGCAAUCCAAACCCGCAACGAACUCGAUGAGCUGCUAUCAAAGGGAGGCUUUGAGUUGAGAAAGUGGACGUCAAAUAGCUUAACCGUGCUGCAAGGACUCGACCCAUCAAAAAUUGGUACUCAACCGAUGUUUAAAUUUGAUCACGGAGAAUCAAUCAAAGCAUUAGGCGUCAGCUGGGAACCGGUAGCAGACCAGUUACAUUUCGAUUCCACUUCGACCGAGGAAGGCGGAUGUCCGACCAAGCGAUCCAUAUUAUCAUCGGUAUCGAAGCAUUUCGAUCCACUUGGCCUAACAGCACCAGUUAUCAUUCGCGCAAAAAUGCUACUCCAGGAACUAUGGCUGCAACCUUGUGGAUGGGACGAAGAAAUUUCUGACAGCAUACGAGCAAAAUGGGAAACCUAUUGUUCUGAACUCAAACACAUUUCCUCUUAUCGAGUCAAUCGCUAUGCAUUCUUGCCUAAUUCUACUGUACAGCUGCAUACAUUCGCGGAUGCAUCCCAGCAAGCAUACGGUGCUUGCAUAUAUGGCCGAUCCACUGAUUCCGAAGGUCAUGUCCACGUUCAGCUGAUUGCCUCGAAGACAAAAGUCGCACCGCUCAAACGUAUCACUAUUCCUCGCCUGGAACUGUCAGCUGCUGUACUUGCCGCCCGGCUGCAUAAAAGGGUUACCGUCGCAAUGGAUAUGCCCUUCUCCGAAUCCCAUUUUUGGUCCGAUUCAACAGUCACACUUGAAUGGUUGCGCUCACCUCCGUACACCUGGACAACAUUUGUUGCAAACAGAGUGUCCGAAAUACAAACAACCACCCAGGGAUCCCAUUGGCAUUGGUAA